AGCCAAUGCCAAGGUUGGGCGGGUGAGAAACGAAAAUGUCCCAAACUGCCGAGACACCUUAUACCAUUACCAUGUUGACACAUAUCCAAAUAAAACAAAACUCGAGCCACUGCACCCUAGUGCGCCAUGGUUAUUCUUCCGCUCUCGGCCGAAACACAUACAAAUAUUCCUGGUACUAUCAACACCACCGCCUUUCAAAAGGCCCCAAGGCUCAAUAUGCUGCCUGCCGUUAGGUUGCAGUGCAGUCGCACCUGCAUCCACCCUCAACCCCCAACGAGACGCUAACCCUCAAGCAGCUUCGUGAGUUCAUGGCCUUCCUCCGCUUACUCGGACAUGUCAUGGAAGACUUUUCUCGAGUUCCACCACCAACAACCAACAGCAUGAGGCUAAUGUACACUCGCCAGUCUAUCGUGCUUGGAUACGUGACUCCAUCGUCAAACAUGGUCAACUAGUCUCUGGUUGGCCAGCUAAGUCUUGUCGGUACCACUGAAGUCUCCUUAGAUACCAAGGCUCUGCCCUCAUGGACCCUCAUUGGCUUCCAACUGAUGGUCAACCAUGGUUCCUGGGAGUCCCGGGGUCUUGGUUGCCGGUAUAAAACAUUCCCGAGAUGUCAGUUUUUCGUGUGCCAACUCUCUCACAUCAUUGUCCUUUACUGGCCCGCCUUCAUCAUGUACGCGACAUUGAAGUCUUUUGGACUGGCCAGUAUUCUCUCCGUAGCCGGCACUUCGGCGGCGUCGGGAGGCUACGUGGUCGGCCCGACCCUUCAAACAGAUAUCCUCGCUGCGGCAGCUCUCGGCAAGCUCACCCUCCACGCUGCCCAGAAUCGUGAUACCUCAACCUGUACCUUAGAUAAUGUCGCUAUUAGACGUGAAUGGGGAUCACUUUCUGCGGCAGACAGGCAAGCGUACACCAACGCAGUCAGAUGUCUCAUGGAACACCCAUCCCUCCUUGAUCCCCUUGAGGUUCCGGGGGCCAAGACACGCUUUGAUGACUUCGUGGCCGUUCACAUCAACCAAACCUUUUCCAUCCAUGGCACUGCGAACUUCCUAUCAUGGCACCGGUAUUUUACCUAUGCAUUCGAGCAGGCCUUGCGAAGCGAAUGCAAUUACAACGGCUACCACCCCUACUGGAACUGGGGCAAGUAUGCCCACAACCCUCUCAACUCGCCUGUUUUUGACGGGUCCUCCACCUCAAUGAGCGGGAACGGCGAGUACGUCCCUCACAAUUGCACCGACGGCUUGCCUACGGGACUCAAUUGUAUUCCACCUGGCUCUGGCGGCGGUUGCGUUACCACUGGUCCCUUUGCCAACAUGUCAGUGAACCUCGGUCCAAUUGCACCAACCCUCGCGGCACCUGGCGUCGUUCCCGCAUCGUCCCUGUUUGCCUACAACCCGCGCUGCCUCCGCCGUGAUAUCUCAUCAUGGGUCAGCUCCAACUGGACGACUGACUUUGAGAGCUACGACCUCAUCAGCAACUACACUGACAUUUUGUCUUUCCAGAACCGCAUGCAAGGUGACUUUGCCACCGGUUUCUACGGGGUUCACACCGGAGGCCAUUUCACCAUCGGCGGCGAUCCGGGCGGUGAUCUCUUUGCCAGCCCCGGUGAACCGGCGUUCUAUCUGCAUCAUGCUCAGAUCGAUCGUGUGUGGUGGAUCUGGCAGAAUCUCCACCCCGAGACCAGGACGAAUGCUAUUGGGGGCACCAUCACGCUUAACAACUUCCCGCCCUCGAGGAACGGUACACUGGAUGAUUUGCUCGACUUGGGUGUAGUUGGGCCUGCAGCGGGGGUGUUGGAAAUUCGCGAUGUGAUGAGUACGAUUGGAAUUGGAGGUGGACCCUUGUGCUACAUUUAUGUGUAA